AAUAAAAAUAUUGUAAAAUUAAAAAAAGAGGCCCAAAAAUUUUACUCCGAACUCAAAACCCUAGGCCUUUCAAUCUCUAGGGUUUCCCUCGAUUUUUAAUUUUCCAAAUCUUUUUUUCUUCUAUGGAUACCGAGGAAGAAGAGCCUCGCCACGUCCCCAACGUAGAGCCUUCUCUUCGAUUAGAAGAUAACCCGGUGACUACAUCUACGACCUCCAAGUUACAGCAUGAAAUCAUUGAGCCACAACAAUGCGAGCUCGAGUCCAUUUCCGAGUUGGACGAGUCGGGACCACCUGCAUCAUUGGCUCUGUCUCCUGUUAAUGAAAAGGAGAAAGAAGGUGACGGCAAGGGAGUCGUUGAUGUGGAAGUGGUUCUAGAGCCGGCAGUUGAUGAUGAAGAGGGCGGCAGGGAUUUGAUCGCUGGAGAUGAGAAGCACGAGAUGUUGGAUGCUGAUGAUGAAAUAAAAGCUUCAUCUGCGGUUGGUGGUAAGAAGGAAGGUGAGGGUGUGGCUGGCAGAGAGGAGAGCCUCGUGGCAGUGGAAGAGAAAGAUGACGUGGUGGAGGGUGCGGUAGUGGAUGCGGUGAUGGAGGCAAUGGAGAAGGCUGACGUGUCAGUUGAAAGAGGAAUAGCGGAAGGGAUGGAAGUGGCUGUGGCGGAGCAACCGGUUGCUGAGUUGUCUGAGGAAGCGGGAAAUUCGGAGGAGCAAAAGGUGUUAAUAGAGAUGCCUGUGGAGAAAGAGGUGGCUGACGUAGCGGAGGAAGGGAUUUUGGAGGCAGCAGAGGUGGGCGAUGUAUCAGAGCAAACUGUGGUUGUCAAGGAAACAUGCGUGGCUGAUGUGAUUGAGAAAACUGUAAUUAUGGAGGAAAGGGAGUUGGCUGACGUGGCUGUAAAAAGGGAAAGGUUGGAGGAGAAACAUGUGGAUAAUGAGGUGGAGCAAACUGGGAUUCUGGAAGAAACAGUGGUGGUUCACACGGCUGGGAAAAGUGAACUGCUGGAGGAGAAACUGGUGGUUGAUAUUGCAGAACGAACUCGGAUUGUGGAAGAAACAGGGUUUACUGACAUGGUCUUGAAAAGGGAAUUACCGGAGGAUAAAAUGGAGGUUAAUUUUGCAGACCAUAAAGGAAUUCUAGAAGAAACACGGGUGAUUGACAUAGUUGAGAAAAAUGAAAAUUUGGAAGAAAAAUUGGUGGCUAAUGUGUCCGAGCAAACUGAAAAUUUGGAUGGUACUAAGGCAGUGAGGGAAGGUAUGGAUAUUGCUGAGGUGGCGAAGGACACAGUGAUGUUAGAGGAACCAGAGAAGGCAGAAUAUACAGAGACAGGGAAUUUAGUAGAGGAUGUUGAGAAAGCAGAUGGUACAGAGACAGAGAUGGGGAAUGCGGCAGAGGAAAUGGAAGCAGCAAAGGACACUGAGAUGCUUGACAUGAUGGAAGAAGCAGAAAAAGAGGCCGCAGAGGAGACAGAGGAUACAGAGGAGGGAGAGGAUGCUGGUAAAGGCAGUGGUGGCAAGCGCAAGCAGGGAAAGAAUUUGAAUUCUAAGGUUCUGGCAAGAGCUCCAUCAAGGAAGAAGGUGGAAGAGGAUGUCUGUUUCAUUUGCUUUGACGGUGGUGAUCUUGUGCUUUGUGACCGCAGGGGUUGCCCUAAAGCUUACCACACUGGAUGUGUUGGUCGAGAUGAGGCAUUCUUUCGAGCUAAGGGUAAAUGGAAUUGUGGUUGGCAUCUGUGCAGCAACUGUAAGAAGAAUGCCUAUUAUAUGUGUUACACAUGUACCUUUUCCUUAUGCAAGGGAUGCAUCAUAGAUGCUGUAAUCCUAUGUGUUAGGGGUAACAAAGGACUCUGUGAGUCAUGCAUGAAUCUUGUCAUGUUGAUUGAAAGGAACGAGCAGGCACAAGUAGAUUUUGAUGACAAAAGCAGCUGGGAAUAUCUAUUCAAGGAUUACUGGAUUGAUUUAAAAAGGAGAUUAUCAAUAACUUCAGAUGAACUGGCUCAGGCCAAAAAUCCCUGGAAAGGAUCUGAAUAUCGUGGUGCUAAACAGGAAUCACCUAAUGAACUUUAUGGCUUUAAUGAUGGUGGAGGGUCUGGCUCAGAUAGUUCUGCUGGGAAUGCGGAAGUAACUGUUUCUAAGCGAAGAAAAACUAGGAGUCAAUCAAAGUCACGUGCAAGGGAGGAUGAUUUACCAAGCACCAUGACAGCUAGUGGUGAAGGGGCUUCCACAGAUGAAAAUGCUGAGUGGGCAUCAAAAGAGCUCUUGGAAGUUGUUAUGCACAUGAGAAAUGGCAAGAAAUCUGUUUUAUCUCGAAUGGAACUAAGUCAACUUAUACUGGAUUACAUUCAAAAGCACAAACUUCGAGAUCGUCGCAAUAAGUCUAAUGUCAUUUGUGACUCAAGGCUUAAGAAUCUGUUUGGGAAACCGAGAGUGGGGCAUAUUGAAAUGUUAAAUCUUCUUGACCCUCACAUUUUUUUCACAAAGGAGGAUUCUCAGACAGAUGAUCUUCAAGGGAGUGUUGUUGAUGCUGAAGCUAAUCAACUAGAUUCUGAUUGGAACUCUGAUGCUUUGACAAAGACUGGAAAAGAUAAGAAACGUAAAACACGUAAAAAGGGUGAUGCAAGGGGACUUCAAUCAAAUUUAGAUGAUUAUGCUGCCAUUGAUAUACAUAAUAUCAAUCUAAUUUAUUUGCGACGAAAUUUGGUGGAGGAUUUGAUUGAAGAUACUGAAACAUUCCAUGACAAGGUUGUGGGUUCUUUUGUGAGAAUAAGAAUAUCUGGUGCUGGUCAAAAGCAAGAUUUGUAUAGGCUAGUGCAAGUUGUCGGUACAAGCAAAGUUGCUGAAUCAUAUAGAGUUGGCAAAAAAACAACUGAUUUUCUACUAGAGAUUUUAAAUUUGAAUAAGACAGAAGUCAUAUCGAUUGAUAUUAUAUCAAAUCAAGAGUUCACUGAGGAUGAAUGCAAGCGUCUGCGCCAGAGCAUGAAAUGUGGACUUAUCAACCGGCUGACUGUGGGAAAUAUACAGGAAAAGGCCAUGGCAAUCCAGGAAGUCAGAGUCAAAGAUUGGUUGGAAUCAGAGAUAUUGCGUCUCAGCCAUCUUCGGGAUCGAGCCAGUGAAAAAGGACGUAGAAAGGAGCUUAGAGAAUGUGUAGAGAAAUUGCAGAUUUUAAAGACACCUGAGGAGCGACAGCGUAGAUUAGAGGAGAUUCCAGAGAUACAUGUAGACCCCAACAUGGAUCCUAGUUACGAAUCUGAAGAUGAUGGAGAGGAUGAUAAGAGACAAGAUAACUAUACGAGGCCAAGAGGCAGUGGCUUUAGCAGGAGGGGGAGGGAGCCAGUUUCUCCCCGGAAGGGAGGUUUCAGUUCAAGUGAUUCUUGGAGUGGAAGUAGAAACUAUUCUAGCAUGAAUCGGGAUUUAGGCUGGAAUCUAUCUAAUAAAGGAUUUACAAGCAAAGGUGAUGAUUCUAUUGGAGCUAGUGAGAUGGGGAACGAAAGUUUAUGGAAGCUAGGACGGGAGAGAGAAGCACAACUACCAAACAGUUGGGACAAGCCAAAAGCUGCUUUGAGUUCAGAAAUUGGCACAAGGAAUGACUACUCUGUUGUAAUACAGGAACCAUCUUUGAAAGUUGUGUCAGAAAUUUCACCUACACCUCUAUCCACAGGAGUAACAGCUGUUGUCCAAAUUAAUGAAACAGAGAAAAUUUGGCAUUACCAGGAUCCAUCUGGCAAGGUUCAGGGACCAUUUUCAAUGGUGCAGCUGCGGAAGUGGAGUAACACUGGAUAUUUCCCUGAUGAAUUAAAAAUCUGGAAAACUAAUGAGAAGCAAGAUGAUUCUAUACUUUUGACUGAUGCCUUGGCUGGAAGGUUUCAGAAAGAUCCUCCAGUAGCGGAUAAUAGCAUUCCAAAGGCUCAAAUGACCUUGUAUGGGAAUUCUCCUGGAGGAACCUUGAAACAAGGAAUGGAAAGUCAAGUUGGCGAAAGAUCAAGUUUUGACGAGAAUCAUGUAGCUCGGAGUCCUCAAUGUAACUUGGGUUCGAUAGGCCAAUCUGCCGGAGAAAGUUGGAAAUCUCAAAAUGAAGUCAGUUCUUCUACAGUUAGACCUGCUCCAUCUUCACUUGAGAUCCCAAAGUAUUCUCGAGAUAUAUGGAGCUCUGAGACAAAUCUACCUUCUCCCACUCCAAACCAAAAUCCCACUGGUGGGAACAAGGGACCAGCAUUUGAAAGCAAAAGGUCACCUACUCCUGUUCAGUUAUUGGGUUCUCUUUCGGUAGCUCCGUUGCGAGGAGUUACCUCAGGGCUGCAACCUCAUACUGUUGUUUCAGAGAGUGGGAGCCCAGCUGCUCCUGUAGUUCAUUCUCAUACGAUGGUGUUAGGUGAAUCACACAGGACACAGGUCAAUGCUCAGGCUUCAAUUAAUUCAGGUACUGAUAUGAAAAAUGCAGGUGUAUCUCUUUACAAUUUGGUUCAUUCUAUGACUUCUCAUAAUCCUUCUGUUGAAAGUCAUGGAUGGGGUUCCACCUCAGUCCCAAGGCAAGAAGCAAUUGCUGCAUCCUCUAUACCUGCAACUGGAACUCAAGCAUGUGGAAAUGCUUCAGCUCAGAAGCUAGAGCCAAAUCCUUCGCUUGCCAUACCUGCUCAACCUGCUGCUUAUGGUAACUGGAAUGACGCAUCACAAUCUGGUCAAAAGUCUGCUCCUUUUAGCGCAGGAAAUCCUGUUGGGUUUUUUCCUACUCCUGGCCAACCGAAUAUGAUGGCAUCGGAUUCUUGGAGGCCUACUGUUUCUGUUCAGUCAAAUGUUCAGCUUCCUGUUCCACCCAAUCUACAUUGGGGUAUGUCUGUCGCAGAUAACCAAGGUACUGCCCUGAGACAAGUACCAGGAAAUCAGAACACUGGUUGGGGGGCGUUGCCAGGGAAUCAAAACAUGGGAUGGGGAGCACCUGUUCCUGCAAAUACAAAUGUUAACUGGGUACCUUCUAGUCAGGGUCCAGCAUCUGUUAAUCCAAACCCAAGUUGGGCUGCACCCGGCCUAGGACAAGUUCCAGGGAAUGCAAGUUCAGGUUGGACUGCUCCUGGGAAUGCAAUGCAAGGGUGGGCACCAUCUGGCCAAGGGUCCACAGUAGUUAAUGCGAGUACUGGAUGGGUUGCUACGGGGCAAGAGGCAGCACCAGGAAGUGCAAAUCCUGGUUAUGUGGCGCCCCGGGGAAAUUCAGGCAUGUGGGGAAGUGAACAGAAUCACAACGGAGAGAAGUUCACCAAUCAAAGGGAUAGGGGUUCUCAGGGUGGUGAUUCUGGUUAUGGUGGGGUCAAGCCUUGGAGUAGGCAGCCAUCAUUUGGCAGUGGAGGUGGUUCUUCGAGAUCGCCCUUAAAAGGGCAGAGAGUCUGCAAAUUCCAUGAAAGUGGGCACUGCAAGAAAGGGUCUUCGUGUGAUUAUAUGCACACUUAAAUUUUGGCAAAUUUAAAGCAGCAUAGUUUAGUUAUAUCUGUACAGUAAAAUUCCUUUUGAAAAUUUCCUGACAUUAUAUUAUCUUUUGAAUGAUUUAUACAUGUAAAACUGUUUUGUAGUUUAGCACAUCUAUUUUUUUCUUUCUCCAAUGGAAUGUCGUCUUAACUCUUAGAAUUACAAAACGUGGCACAACUUGUCCUAUGGUUACUGGUGAACUAUGGCUAUGGCUUAUGGGGUUGGACGUCCAGUGCUAUCCGGGCUUCUUGUUAAACAGAAUUGCGGGUUCAAUUUUGCAGAUGUUAAAAUCGAAUAAAACAAAUUUAUAAAGAACAAAUUCAAGUUUUAGGUUUGAAAUUAUAAUUCUUUUUACUG